CCAGUCACGUCAUAUUUUCUGCUUCACCAUUUUGUCCUCCUCCUACGCCGGGUAUUUAUCAGAAGAUUCGUGACUAGUCCAUUUACAUUGCUAGUUAGCUACAUACGUUUCUCCGUUCAGAGCUAAAGACCGUGGCAUUCGAUAGGUUUAGUCGGUAAGCCAUUAAGGGAAACAGCAAUAUCCGUUUUGUAAAUCGUUUUUUUUUACUGUGAGAGAAUGUCGUCCGAAAGCCCCGAAUACGCUCCGUUCUUCGCAGUGAUGGGUGCCUCUGCAGCUAUGGUUUUCAGCGCCUUGGGAGCAGCCUAUGGCACAGCUAAGAGUGGAACAGGGAUUGCUGCCAUGUCGGUGAUGAGGCCGGAGCUCAUCAUGAAGUCUAUCAUCCCCGUGGUCAUGGCGGGUAUCAUAGCCAUCUACGGCCUGGUAGUAGCGGUGCUCAUCGCUAACAACAUCUCCGAGAAGGUCACCCUCUACAAGAGUUUCCUCCACCUGGGUGCUGGGCUGAGUGUGGGCUUGAGCGGGCUGGCAGCUGGCUUUGCAAUUGGUAUCGUAGGUGACGCGGGCGUUAGGGGCACGGCCCAGCAGCCCCGGCUCUUCGUGGGCAUGAUCCUCAUCUUGAUCUUCGCAGAGGUCCUCGGGCUCUACGGUCUCAUCGUGGCCCUCAUCCUGUCCACUAAAUAAACCAUCAACCUCUCCACCAAAAUCUCUUUUAUGUUGCUGCUGGAGAAAAAAAAGAAGAGUAAAACUGGAUUUAAAAAAUUUAAACUUAUGACAAAAUAAGUAUAUGUGUGUGUGCCGAAUGUGGAAAAUAAUGAUAUAAUUAGAAAUGGCUCCAUAAAUAUGGUCUUAUCUCUACAAUGUGUACAGUCGUCCCGAUUUUGAUAGUCAAAUGCAAUGUAGUGAUUUGUCUGUCCUGUGUGUUGCAAAAUGUAUGAAGAUUCCCUUUCCCCCCACUGGUUUUACAGCCUCCAGGCUUGCCAGGUUUCUUGCUGGUUUCUGCCUCUGGUCUUAGAGAGCUGACCAAAGGGCCCCACUGCUUUUUCUCCUGCAUUGAUUUGGGAGUUUACAUGAUUUCUGCAUUUAAUGUCUGAGGCUCUAUUUGUAAAGAAAGAAAUAUGUAUGGACUUGGCUUUGUUUUGUGUUUUUUUGUUUUUUUUUCUAUCUUAUUUAUAAAUGUUUAAAUGGAGCAAAAAUCUUUAAUUCCCCAUGAUAUAUACAGACAUGCGUACAUAUAAAUAUAUCUAUAGAUAGAUUUAAUGCACUGUGGGUUAAUUGUGAUGUGGGUUGGAAUUCCUCUGGAUGUAUUACUUGGUUUAAAAUUAAGAUUGCCUUUAGUGUGUGGCUGGUGGAGUGGGAGUUUUGUGUGUAACUGUAUUUUAAUCAUAAUGAAAACAUUCUCGAAACACUUCAAUGUUUUCCUGUAGUACCGCUGUUUGAUUGCAUUAAAGGUGUGUGCCCAGUGUUGGGUCUCACAAGUGUAAUUUUCAAAACUUUAGCAGCUUCAUCCCGCUCAUCUGUAGAUUUUUCAUCACACAUCGCUUCCAUUAAACGUGCAUGGAGUUAUA